AUAUGUGUGUGUGUUAAUUAUAAUGAAAGCAUUAAUAAAUCUAUCAAUCCCAGAUCGAUUUUGCAAUCCUUAGAGAGUCUUCAGUUGGAGAGGUAGCCAUGGUUAGAACUGGGGUCACCAAAACACCCAUGAUAUUGCUUAGGGCACAUAAGCCAGCUGGACGACACACGAGUGAGCUUUCCAAGACAGAUCAAGUGGCAGAGAAACAUCAAGGAUCGAUCAAGGGUUACAAGAAGGCUAAUCCAUCAUGUUGGAUGCCACAUCCUCGCACCGGAAUAUACUUUCCGGAGGGUCAUGAUCAUGUAAUGGACGGUGUUUCAGAGAGUGCAGCCUCUUUUGAUCAGACCUAUUGGCUGAGGAACGUUGAUGGAGUUGACAAACCUGACCAUGAUGAAUGCUAUUUUCAUCCAAGUCUGUGACUGAAACAGAAAUAAUGCGUUGCUUUGAUUAUCAUUUGAUGAGAAUGAAAUAUAAUUGUGAUCUCAGCUCCUUGCAUAGCUACUUCAUUGUAAUAACAAACUUAAUAUUAGAAAGGUUUGGAUGCUUUGAUAUAAUGAUCAGUUUUGAUCAAUAUAAUGUGCAUACAAUGUUUUUUUUUU